AUGGCAAGACGAUUGGAGUUUAAUGAUGUACAAUCUGAUGCGGAGUCAGUUGCCCCGAUCAUUCUGGCUCAAGAAUGUACAACACCACAAAAGUCCUUUAGCAUCCCAUUCUGUGGUUCAUCUUAUACUCCUGAUUGUGAUGACACCAUGAAACCGAAGAUCGGGAUGACUUUCGCAGAUGUUGACUCAACCAAGGAGUUCUACAAAUGCUAUGCUCAUCAUGUGGGAUUUUCAGUUCGUGUUGGGCAGGGGCAGCACAAGGCUAUUGAUGGAGUGGUCAUGUACAAGCGCUUCUUAUGUGCAAAAGAAGGUUUUCGUGAUGAGAAGAAUUUGGAGUCUGGUAGCAAGCGGAAGAAGUAUGAGAAAACAAUCACUAGGUGUGGAUGUGGAGCUAUGCUUGUUAUCAAGCGGACUGAGAAUGAUAAGUACAUGGUGAUAAAAUUUGAGGAAGUCCAUACACAUGCACUUGUGACCCCCUAA